GAUGAUACCAAAUCAAUGGAGCUAAGGUCCCACCUCCAAGAAAAGCACAAAUUUUUUUUCCAAUUUUGAAAUAAAGAAACUUUUCUCAUACCCCCCUUAUUCAAUUUUCCCCCAUCUAAUUACUAUUUCUUUGAUAAAGUUUCAAACUUUUUUAUUUUCUUGGCCUAUUUUUUGCUUAGAAUUCAAUUCCUUUUGUUUGGUUUCUCCUUUUGGUGUCUACUUUUUAUCUUUAUUUCACACUUCCACCAGAAUGUUCCUCUGAACGUGCCAAGAAGAGUUGCCCAUUUCUUCUUUUGUAAUUUUCCCAAGUUUUUAUUCUUCUAUGGAAUGAUGAUUGUGGGGAUAUUGGUAUCUUUAGUGUCAUCUCCAAUUCUUGGGGCAUGACCUACCAUCAAACUGAAUUUGAUAAUUUGUCUGCUCCUUAUUCAUCAGAUUCCUUCAACUUGUGCUGAUUCUUUUAACUAUUUGCAAGUGUUUAUUGCACAUACACCAGUAUCGGAUUCAUAUAGCCAACUCCAACUUGUUUGGGAUUGAGACUUAGUUAUUGUAUUAUGGGCUGGCUAGAAAAGAUAUUUGGAGGUUCCACACACAGGAUCUCUGGUGGACAAUACCAUGGGGGGUAUGAGGGUGGGCAAUAUCACGGUGGCUACAACGGAGGGCAAUAUCAUUCGGGGCAUGAAGGAGAGCAAUAUCAUGGAGGGUAUGAGGACAGUACUAUUUGGGAUGGACCAACUACAUCAGUGGAUGCAUUGUCAGAUUUUGAUAAUGAAGAAAUCGAUCGUGCCAUUGCGCUUUCUCUAGCUGAAGAGGAUCAGAAAGGGAAAAAAGUAAUUGAGAGUGAACCCAACUUGGAGGAAGACGAGGCGCUUGCCAAGGCUCUUCAGGAAAGUUUGAAUGUGGAGUUACCGCCAUCACCACCACCACCACCACCUCGAUAUGAUUAUGGAAGUCUUUUUCCACCAGUCUCAUACUCGUUUCCAUAUGGGUAUAGGAUCUGUGCCGGUUGCAAUGCUGAAAUUGGACAUGGGAGGUAUUUAAGUUGCAUGGGAACUGUUUGGCAUCCAGAAUGUUUCCGUUGCCAUGGUUGCAAUCGACCAAUUUCUGACUAUGAGUUUUCGAUGUCAGAUAACCGUCCAUACCAUAAAUCAUGCUACAAGGAACAGCAUCACCCAAAAUGUGAUGUGUGCAAGAACUUUAUUCCAACAAAUCCGGCUGGUCUAAUUGAAUAUAGGGCUCAUCCUUUCUGGCUUCAGAAGUAUUGCCCAUCGCAUGAAACUGAUGGGACUCCUCGUUGUUGCAGCUGUGAAAGAAUGGAGCCCGUAGAUGCCAGAUAUCUGAUACUUGAUGAUGGUAGGAAGCUGUGUCUCGAGUGCUUGGACUCUUCAAUAAUGGACACUCAUGAAUGUCAACCCCUUUAUCUUGAGAUACAAGAAUUUUAUGAAGGUUUAAAUAUGAAAGUAGAGCAGCAAAUCCCUUUGCUUCUAGUUGAAAGACAAGCAUUAAACGAAGCGAUGGAAGGAGAAAAGAAUGGUCAUUACCACAUGCCUGAGACUCGAGGACUCUGCCUGUCCGAAGAACAGACUAUUAGCACUAUUUCAAGGCGACCACGGAUUGGUGGUUAUCGGAUUUUAGAUAUGUUUACUGAGCCUUACAGGUUGAUUCGACAAUGUGAAGUGACAGCUAUUCUAAUCUUAUAUGGUCUUCCUAGGUUAUUGACUGGUUCAAUUCUGGCUCAUGAAAUGAUGCAUGCAUGGCUGCGGCUUAAAGGUUAUCCGAGUUUAAGUCCAGAAGUGGAAGAAGGUAUCUGCCAAGUUUUAGCUCACUUGUGGUUGGACUCCGAAAUUAUAGCUGGUUCUGGUAGUACUUCAACUUCUGCAUCUUCUUCUGCAUCCUCAUCUUCCUCUUCAUCACCAUCUACUUCAUCAAAGAAAGGGAAACGUUCUGACUUUGAGAAGAAACUGGGUGAUUUUUUUAAGCACCAGAUUGAAUCGGAUACCUCAGCAGCUUAUGGGGAUGGAUUCAGAGAAGGUAAUAAAGCAGUGCUCAAGUAUGGCCUCAAGACAACACUUGAUCACAUACGGCUUACAGGAACCUUCCCAUGUUAAAAUUCAGUCAUUCUGAGCAUUUCCACUUCAACGCGGAUAUUCAAAACGAACCUUCUAUACUAGUUUUGUAGGACCAAAUAGCACAUACAAUUAUAAUCAUAACACAAUAAUGAAAAGGUAAAGAGUAUAAGCAGCAAUAAGAUGCAGAUACGUUUGAUACCACUUGUGUCUACUUCAAGUUGUAUACUUUUUGUUCAUAUAAAGGAAAUCCAAGCAUAGUGUUGCACAAAUAUAUACCUCCCCCCUAGGGCGCUUCAUUUUUUCUUGGAGAAGAGGAAGAUUGAUCUUUGAGGCCUAAUUGACUCCAUGUAUGUAUGGAGCAGAACCAAUUAUGUAGUAUGGUGUUAUAUCGUAUUUGCCUCCUCCUGCAAUUAUAUGGCGGUAUUAUCUUA